UCUUCAUUUUCCGGCCAAUAGAAUGAAAAAAAUGAUGCCAGAUGCUUUCAAUAAUGCUAACGUUAAGAUGAUAUACAUCGCUAGAAAUCCGAAAGAUAUCGCCGUUUCUUAUUAUCACUUCCAUUGUAUGAAUGAUGCUUUACCAACACCAAAUUCCUGGCAAGAAUUUCUGGAUGAUUUUACAAAUGGAUCUGUGAGAUGGGGAUCCUGGUUCGAUCACGUUCGUGGUUGGUGGAGAAAACAUGAAGAAAUGAUUUCAGAAAAUAAAUCACAGUUACUCUGGCUCACGUUUGAAUCUUUGAAGAAGGAUUUAAAAAGUGAAAUGAAAAAAAUUUGUAAACAUCUCGGACUUGAGUUAUCAGAGGAAGGAUUGGAUAUGGCGGUUAAACGAUGUACAUUUGCAUCUAUGAAAGCAGAUCCAAACAGAAAUCACAGCAAAAACAAGAUUUUCAAAGGAGAUUUCUUGAGGAAAGGCAAAGUUGGUGAUUGGAAAAGCAAGUUCAUAGACGAACAAAACGUGCAAUUCAAUUCAGCUUUGGUGGAUCAUUUGAAAGAGGAUUUUUCAACAUUAACCAGAAACUUUACUGUUGGGGAAAGAAUUCAAUAAUUUCCAGGAAUAUUUGUUUUGUGAAUGCAAUUUUAAAAAGAUUUACAUUGUAUUUUUACAUGAAUAAUGUGUAUAUUAUUUAUUUGUUACAUUACUGUGCUAUUCACCUCGCUUUCAUAUUCAUACUAUG